AGUUUUUAAUCCCCGACUCAGAUGUAGCUGUGGAUAUGUAGUUGCAUUAUUGUGUGACAGUUUUCAGGUCAGUGUGGAAGGUGGUGGUCCAUGGAAGAAUACUAUUUCUGGGGACAGUUUUGGCUUGCUUAGUCCAUGCCUGGGGGACAGCCAGGUACAGGGCUUUGUUUUCAUACAAGUCUUGUAGGCUUCCAAAACUGAGUUAGCCUGGAGUGAUUUAAAGCAUGUGGUGAAUUGAUGGAUUCACAGGAUUCUUUAAAUUUAAAAAAAAUUGCACAAGGAUUAACAGGUCAAAAAAAAAAAAUUCAGGCUUGGUUUCAGUUUUUGUGUUCAACAUGGCCCCAGUGAGUGGGAACUUCUUCAGUUGCUGCUCUUUGGUUACUGGUUAUGACACCUAGGGUCUACUAAAGAAAAAAAAAUGCAACUUGUUUGUGGAAUACAUGCCUUGAUUGUUGAGUAUCUCCCUGUCCCCCAGUCCUGGGAGUUGUUCCACCUCUUGACUGCCUUUCCUGUGAGGCCUGAAGCUGGUGUGGAAGGGGGAAUUUGGAUACAGCACUGUGACUUAGACAGGGGCAGUAGAAGGUGAAGCUUUCCUUCCUUGAUGGGUGGCAGUCACAAGAAGCAGAACUGAAUGUAUGUCCAUCUUUUGCUAGUAAAAGUAUUUCUGAUCUUACAGUUUUAAGCUAAAGUGGUUUGGGUUUGGAUUUUUGUGUGUGGUUAUGCUUUGAUUGAUAGAAGGGCCAAACCAUGAGAUAGUCCAAAGUGUCAAUCCUGUAAAAGGUGGGAAUUUUGAAGAAAGGUGUCCUAUUUUAUUGCACCUGUGCAAUUGGACAGCUAUAUACUGAUAUAUGUAGCAUCUAAGUACAUGUAUACAUUGCAUUAUAGAUUCUGUAUGGUUUCUCUUUUUAAGCAAAACUUGUGUUGCUAUUGUUGGCUCAUGGUUUUCAAAUCUUCUCUUAUAUAUAUAUAUAUUCACCUUUUAUAUGGUGUUACACUCAACACUAAAAGAAUUUCCCAAAAUUACAGGUAUACUGAUUAAAUUUAAAGGCAUUAAGGUGGCUAAUAAUGUAUGUCCUCACCUGUAGUGGAAAGAAAUCCAUCACAAAUUUCUAAAUAAAUGCUGUGUUUAAAAUUUCUGUGUUUAAAAUGAAGCUAUGGAAAUUAGUUUGCUUAUGCCUUGACGGUGAAUAUUUACCUAAAUUCUAGCCAAUUGUUCUAUUCAGAUAUUGGAGCACAAAAUGCCAAUAAAUGAAAAUACUGCUUUAUAUUUUCAUUACUAUACUGUAGUAGUCUGCAACAGAAGGCAAAUGGGAAGUGAACAAACCACAUUCCUGAUUACUUUUUCAGGUAAUCUGGAUGUGUUCAAUAGCAGUUUCAAAAUUUCUAGCCCUUAAUGCCAAGUUUUGUUGCCAUCAUAGCUGUGGUGUGGGUGGAAAAGCCCAACCAGAAAUGAGCAGAUCUAACUGUAAUCUACUUUGCAUGUUGUCAAUUGACUAUAAAUUGCAGCAGUCAUUGACUCAGUGGAACAAGCUACAUAAUUCAGGUAAGAGACUUGCAUGUUGCUGUAUCUAGCCACAGAUCUUCACUGAAUGUCAAUGUUCUUGUAAAUCACUUCUACCAGCCAUUUACUAACAGUGUUCUCAUAGCUUUUUAAUGAAUCUUGUUUGAUGUGAUCUCUUAUUUAAUAAGGUGUAAGAAAAAUGGAACAUUAACAUCUUUUUUUUUUUUUUUUUAAUAUCAUUCAGAUAUUUUCAGGUAUUCAUCACUCUUUAAACAGCACAUCUUGUUUCCCUGGAUUUUACUUUCAUCUGAAGAUUGGUGAGUCUCUAAUCUAAGGGGAAAAUGUUCCUAACACUUUCUGCAGGUGUUGAGGCAGCAGGUAACUGUUUUAUGUAACCUUGUUACACAGCAGAAGUGUCAGUACCAAGCAACAAAUAUGGCAAGUAUCUCUUAGUGAGUGGUUGUGGUUUUUUUGGUUUCUUCUCUGGAGUGAUGUUGUGCCGUAAUUUUUUUUUUUUUUUUUUUUGCUAUGUAGCAGACUUUUCCUCAGUGUUUUUAAGUUGUUAGCAGCAGAGAGUUUUUAGGCAAUAAGCCAAUCUUCUAAGUAUAAAAGGGAAAGUUGACUGUCUACUAAUUUCAUUUUAUGAGGAGUAAAAAUAUACACAUUCACAUACGUAAAAAUAUGAGUUUUUUGCCUAUAUAUUAAUGUGAAAUGGAUGUGUGUCCAUGCAUUUAGCCUACCUACAGAAGUACCUGUUUAAGAUGCCUAGGACUCCCACUCAUGCCUAACAGCUGUAAAUGAAUUCUUCACUCACAGGAUUUCUCUUGUGAAAUCUAUGUGCAUUAGAAAAAGAGACAACUCUGCAUACUGAGGCAUUUUCAUAGAAUAUGUUGUGAGAAUAGGUCCAUACCAAUAAAUAUUCUCUGUGUAAAUGUGGCAGGUAUUAAGUCAGUAGAAAAUAUUACAUUAUCCCCAUAUCCUUGUGAUUGAUUUGUGGUAUGGAGUUGUGAUUGGAACAUCUGAAGCUUUGCCAGAUUUCUGUGAGUAUGGAAUCCAACAGUUUCUUUUAAUGUAGUUUAAUGUUCAGCUGUGGUUUCCAUUUUAGAGGAUGCAAUAGAAUCUAGGUGCUUUGGACAGCAAUGUAUGGAUGUACAGUAGAUGGUGAGUAAGAGCAUUUUUGGAUCAAUUCUGUGUAGGCAAGUAUUGGUUGCAAUCUGUGAGGGUGGCUCACAGUGAUUCUUUAAAAAUUAGCUGGUUAUUUAAAAGGUAUUUAAAGAAGCUAUUAGGUAACAGUCAUUACAUUCUCAGCAGUUAGGCUGAUGUUUAGCUCUUUGAAUAAUGAUAUUGGGAAGGCACCAUAAUGCAGCUUCUUAUGAACCACUGCAAGAGUAUCUGUGUGAUAAAUGUGUCAGGGUGAUUUGAAUAGUUAGACCUGCUGUAAUGCUGCUCUGAAGAGAGGGAGUGAGGGUAGGCCAGUCUGACUUACAGGUUUCCAGCAGGGCCCCAACAGCUGUGUGCCAUCCCUUCUAUGUAUUACUAGGACAUGUAUUUUUCCUUUAAUAAAGUGUUCAUUUCAUAAGUAUGAAAUAUUUAAUAUUUAAUUUCUAGCAGUAGGAUUGUUUUUAGUAUUUCAUGUCUGUGUUUAAUCUGCAGGUAGGUGGAGAAGGAACGUGAGGACCCAAGGAGGUGUUAGAUUUAGUGGAAAUUCUCUCAUCUCUAAACUUCCUGUAAAUCUUUGUAUGAGUGGAUGUCAUACCUGAGAGAUGUGGAGUUUUAAGAUUGAAAUCCAUUCUCUGCACAGGUUUUCCAUUUUGUUAAGAUGAUAUAUUGAAUGUGGCAUCAAGCUAAUAGAGAGAAAAAUAAUUUGUCUUUGAAGGCUCUUUGGUAUGAAUAGGGAGUCUUUUACUGGAAGUGUAGAUUUAGUUUUUUCAGGGAGGGGAGGGUAGGGAGUGGGGAGAAUGCCUCAGGUGUUGGCCUGCUUUAUUUGUUGUCUGUAGACAUGUAAGUUUUGGUGGAUUUGGAGCAAGCUAGACAAACUAGACCUAUGUGGAAUACAUAUAGGUAGAGUCUCUUAAUUCCUAAACCUGAGGUGAAAGGAAGCUGCUUUCUCUUUCCUUUAGGAAACUUUGAUGGCUUUAUAUUAAUAUCUGUCGUGUGUUAGUUUAAUCAGUGUGACUGACUUGCACUUUCUUGUACUUUUCAAAUGGGAUGUUGUCUUGUUCUACCUGAUCUUCCAACAUCAUUCUGAAAUGUCACAAAUGCAUUAAAAAAAUAUCUUCUGGAAAAUGUCAGCAAGGCCUAGAGUUGGUAAGUUGAUGUGAGUUUUUUGUACUGUUCAGUGUGAGCUGUUUAAAGUAUUCUGUAAUUACAUGUUUCCAGGCUAAAUGCAGAACCUGAUGGAUGGGAAAAGCUACUGUAACCUCAUCUGUGCUGAGGCUCAGCACAUCCAGCUGGCAAGGCCAUUCUGUGCAGACCCGCUGGUCACGUUUCACGUGUACCCAGAAGCCCCAAGCCAGGUCCCUUUGGCUGAAGAUUUGGCAUUCCUGCCUUUCAUGUCAGAGCAUCUCAUCACAGAGACCCUCUACAGCGAGCCCUGCCCCUUUCCCUACCAAAUGCCCCAUUCCAGUCUCCACAAGAGUGAGUACUCCUAUGGGUCAGCUUUCAUCAGGAAGAGGAAUGAGAGGGAAAGGCAGCGUGUUAAGUGUGUCAAUGAAGGCUACGCCAAGCUGAGGCACCACCUGCCCAAGGAGUACUUGGAGAAACGGCUCAGCAAAGUGGAGACCCUCCGUGCUGCUAUAAAAUACAUCAGGUACCUCCAGUCUGUGCUGUGCACUGACUCUGUGGUGGCAGGAAAAGGUGUCACGGAGGCAAACCAAGCACCCAAAGCCGCUAACAGACCAGCCCAGUUUUUGGAGACGAUCUGAAGCGUUCCAAAGCCAGCCAAAGGUAUCCUGUCUGGGAACAUAGUAGCCACUCUGUCAGUGACGUGUGUGUUCCUGGCACUUCUUGGGAGCAGAUCGUGGCACACGUCAGUAGCAGCCCACACAAGAGCUUUAAUGUUGCAGAUAGUUACUACACUUAGAUAUGAGAGGGACAACUGGGAAAAUCUCAGCUGAAUGACUUAAGUUAAUUCAUGAAAAUCAGAACGACGUUCUAAAUUUGUCAUCAAGCUAAAAAUGUGACACCUAUGUGUGUGAAGUAGCUGUAUGUAUCAUCACAACCUGCAUGCUUUAAAAUAAAAUCUCUUUACUUAUGGGA